GCUGGUUCUUGCUGAGCGCAGAGCUCAUGGCUGUCCCUGGCUAAGACACACGCAGAUGCACAUAGGAGAGAAACACAACAAGAACAUCUCUAUACGUACUGGGGGAAUCUCACCAUAGUCUCAUUAUGUAUCUGCUAGAUAAUGGUCUGAACAAUAAUUCUAGAGCAAGGAUGACGACUGUGGAACACAUUUUGGUCUUUCUGCUGAUUUUGAUCCCUUCAUGUUACAACAUGCAGACAGCACCUCGUAUCAUCACAUUAUUAGAGACAGUGGACGUUCUACUGGAUCACAAUGCCACCUUCAUCUGUGAGGUGGAGUCACACCCCCCUGCUGAGAUUACCUGGACCAAAAAUAAUCACCAAAUUAUGUACUAUGACACACGGUACCUUACCAAGGAAAAGGGUCAGAUGUUAAUCAUCCCACAUGUAAGAGAGUCAGACAAUGGGGAGUAUUGUUGCCUUGCCAGUAAUGGCAUUGGAGAACCUGCCAAGAGCUGUGGAGCGCUUCAGCUAAAGAUGAAGCCACAGAUCAAAAGGCAUCCCACCAAUCUAACACUACUGGUAGAAUCCAAAGCAGUGUUGCCCUGUGUUACCCUUGGCAACCCUAAACCAGAUGUCACGUGGCUCAAAGAUGAUGAGCUUAUCAAGGUCAAUGACCGUGUUACUAUUCUCGACUAUGGGGCAUUGAAAAUUCAUAACAUACAGAAAGAGGAUGCAGGACAGUACCGCUGUGUGGCCAGGAAUAGCUUUGGUUUGGCCUUUUCAAAGCCUGUCACCAUAGAAGUACAAGCUCCAGCACGAAUCUUGCGGGUUCCAAAGGACAAAAGGGUGGCGUAUGGCAGCCAGAUUUCCCUAGAAUGUAAUGCCACUGGAAAUCCAGUCCCAACCAUUACCUGGCUGGAAAACGGGAAUACUAUCUCCGGAGCCUCAGUAGAGGAGACAUUAGUGGGAGAGGUGAUACUCUCUGUUCUUAAGGUGACGGUGACUAAGCCAGCCCUAUAUACGUGCCUGGCUUCCAACAGACACAAUGCUGGAGCCAACACUGUCAAAGCAACUGCAAAAGUCACUGUUGCAGGUGAGUGGAGACUUUAUAAGGGGAUCGCAGGCUACUGCAGUGCAUAUCGUGGAGAUGUUUGCCGCACAAUAUUGCACGACGAUUUGCUGGUUUUCUUUAACUCGUCCUUCUCAAACCCUGAGGACACGCAGGAGUACUUUCUUCAGAGCUGGUGGGCAGAGGUAGAAGGGCUCAGUGGGGUGUGCGGUCCUGCAUUACGCUCAUUGCUCUGCCACGCUUCCUUUCCUGACUGCAACCCAUCAGGGCUAGGACCUGCACCAAAACCUGUCUGCAGAGAACACUGCCUGGCAGUGAAGGAGCUGUACUGCCAUAAGGAGUGGCUGAUAAUAGAAGGCAGCAGUUCAGUCCAGUCUGGACUCUUCAGCUCUCUCACCGGGUCCCAGGCUCCCGUUUCACUGCUGCCAAAAUGUCAGACCUUACCAAGUCUUCACACAGACCCUGAUGGUUGUACAUAUGUUCCUUUUGCAGACAUCAAGAAAGAUCUAAUUACAAAAACAUGUUACAAUGACCGAGGUUAUUUCUACCAGGGUAGUGUGAAUGUAACCAGGUCUGGGACACCAUGUCAACCAUGGAACCAACAGGUUCCCCACCAGCACCAUUUGUCAGUGGAUGUCAUUCCAGAGUUGAAGAAUUCAGGCAAUCACUGCAGAAACCCAGGAGGAAUCAGUGACAAGCCCUGGUGUUAUACCUUAAAUCCGAACAUACGCUGGGAGUACUGUGCUGUUCCACAGUGUGGGAAAACAAGCAUAGCAUCAGUAGUGAAGCCAGAGUCUAGAGACCCUCUCCAGACCCCUCAUUUCCCUCCCAUGACCACAACAUCAUCUCCAGCUUACUCAAUGUCUGUCAUCGUCGUUAUCCUGACUGCUCUUGCAACUGCAGUAUUUCUUGCCAUUAUCAUUCUUGGCUGCCGCAGAUGGAAGAAGCAACUGAGGAAUCGGAAGAGAAGAGUAAUAGAGACCCCGAUGUUGAACGCCCUUCCAUCAGAGCUAUUGCUCGAUCGACUCCACCCUAACCCCAUGUACCAGCGUGUUCCCCUGCUGCUGAACUCAAAACUGUUGGCCCUUGAGUAUCCCCGAAAUAAUAUUCAAUACGUCCGAGAUAUCGGGGAAGGAGCCUUUGGACGAGUUUUCCAAGCCAGAGCUCCAGGCCUGCUACCCAUGGAGUCUUUCACAAUGGUUGCUGUGAAGAUGUUGAAGGAGGAAGCUUCAGCUGACAUGCAGAAUGACUUCCAGAGAGAGGCAGCACUCAUGGCCGCAUUUGACCAUCCAAACAUAGUUCGACUCUUAGGUGUGUGUGCAGUGGGUAAACCAAUGUGUCUGAUGUUUGAGUAUAUGGCCCAUGGUGACCUCAAUGAGUUCCUGCGUCGCAGAUCUCCAACCCAGUCAGUGCGCACCCUCAGUCGUGCUAGCUUGUCGGGUCGCAGUUUCUCCUCUGAGCUGGAGGCCGGGCUUCUCUCUUGUACAGAGCAGUUAUUGAUUUCCAAGCAGAUUGCUGCAGGAAUGGCAUACCUGUCUGAGCGCAAGUUUGUCCAUCGUGACCUGGCGACACGGAACUGCCUGGUUGGAGAGGAAAUGGUGGUAAAGAUUGCAGACUUUGGCCUCUCCAGAAACAUCUACUCAGCUGAUUACUACAAAGCCAAUGAAAAUGAUGCCAUCCCCAUUCGCUGGAUGCCUCCAGAGUCUAUAUUCUACAAUCGCUAUACUACAGAGUCAGAUGUGUGGGCCUAUGGUGUGGUGUUAUGGGAGAUCUUCUCACAUGGGAUGCAGCCAUAUUAUGGUAUGGGUCAUGAGGAGGUUAUUUACUAUGUGAGGGAUGGUCACAUUCUUUCCUGUCCUGAGAACUGUCCUUUGGAGCUCUAUAAUCUGAUGAGGCUCUGUUGGAGUACACACCCAUCAGACAGGCCCAGCUUCAGCAGCAUACAUCGGAUACUAGAACGUAUGCAUCAAAACAGACUAAGCAUGAAUGCUCACACUGAAGCUGAUGCUGACUGUUAACUGGUUUUCCCUGUACAAAAGGCAUUGAUUUGCUGUUUUAAUGAUUUAAUGAAUACUUACAUUGGGCCCAAGCACUCAGUGCUGGGGAAAAAUUAUUUGUCUCCUUCACGAUUUCUUAUUUUAUUUUAUUUACUUUAUUUAAUUUCAGUUUUGCAUAUUUGUUAUACUUACAUAUUUCACUUGAUCAACCACAUUUUAAUUUUAGAUAGAAAUAGCCAAAGCAUGCAGUUUUUAAAUGAUGCUUUAAUUCAUUAAGCAGAAAAUGCUAUCCAAACCUACCUGGCCCUAUGUAAAAAAGUAAUUGCCCCCUAAACCUAAUAACUGGUUGCACCACCUUUGGCUGCAAGAACUUGUACAACACUGUGGAGGAAUUUCUUUGCCCACUUUUCUUUGCAGAACUUAAUUUAUUGGAAGGUUUUCUAGUAUGAGCAGUCUAAGGCAAUCCUAUACCACUCCAAAACCUUCGUUCUAUGUGCUUGCAGUGGGCUGGCCACUCCUAGUAAGUGUCAGGACAAGUUUUCUUUAUUUGUGGAUAAUGGCUUUCACUGUGAUUUGCUAGAGUCCCAAAGCCUUAGAAAUCCCUUUGUAACUCUUUUCAGAUUUAUAGAUGAAUGUGUAUACAGUGAAUUUGUUCACAUUUAUUCUUGGGUUUCUUGAGAUCAUGGUAUGAAUUAUUUCAUUUUAAGGACUUAUAGCCUAUUUCAUUUAGUCAAACAGGUUCUAGUUAAGUUUUUUUUAUUUAACAUGUCUGGUGUGAUCCAGCCAGACCACAACAUAAAGGUGGCCCAUCCUAAUCAGACUUCAAGCAGCCACAUCACACAGUUGGUACAAUUUUACAAUGAUUUUUUUUUUUUUUUUUUUUUAUAAUAUGUUAUUUCUUUAGGAUGGAACACUAAUAAGGAGCUGGGUGUAACUUCAGGGUGGCCUUUAUACCAAAACAACAAACAAAAAGAAACGAUAUGAAAUAUUUAUCAAACUUACCUAAGCAAAAAAAAUAAAUAACCAAAUUGCAAUAACUGACCUCUGUACAUAAGAUAAGGAGAGAAAACUAAAAUAAAAAGGCAGUCCACAGCAGCACUGUACUUUGCAUGCUCAGCUGGUUAAGUAAUUGCAGUCAUUUUCUUUUUGCAGCUUGUCUGUUCAGGAGACUGAACAUGGCCAUAUUGUAGUCAUUUGUAUGUUGCUACUUCAGAAUUCAGGAUUUCAGUUUCUGACUGUUUACCGGGAGCUGUCCAAAUGACAGGUUCACUUUUGAAAAAUGUUAAACCUGAAUCAAUUAACUCACCCCAGACCCUAAGUCUCUGAAAUACUUGGAAACUAACCAUACAGAUAUACCAUGGUCAUUUUUAGCAGUAGUUGCUCUUGUACCGCAUUCAUCUGUUUUUUUCUUUUUCUCAUUGAGAGUUUUUUUUUGUAAACAUUGAUGAAAAUUUAGCAAAUGCUCUGAAUAGGCUCAAUGUGACCCUAAAGUUCGCUGGGCAGAAAGAGAGAAUCUACACUUGAAAGGUUUUUUCUUUAACAGUGUUGUAGAAAGGGAUUGAUGAUAUAUUUAUUAUAAGAUUGUACACAACAUUUCUCUUCAAGUCAGCUUGCUUAUUCCACAGUGGCACACAGUCACUUUAAAUCACUGAUGAUUGUUUUAAGUUGGUAUUCCACUACGGGGCAUUCUGUUUUUAUUUGUGUUUCUUUGGUUUUAGUUUUCUUUUAUAGAUGUGUUUUAGAUUGUUAUUGAUAUUUCUUGAACAUAUGAGCAAAUUACAGUAGGCAUAAGUUCAUUAAUUCUCCUCACUUUCAUUUACAUUUCUCAUACAGUUCCUCGCUGAAGCACUAAAACUCACAUAUUAUGAAUAGAGUUAUUAAUGGGACUCGUUCUACUGACAUAAAUAGACUCUUGUAAGUGACAAACUGCCAACAUGUCUUUACAUCCUCAUUUUGAAAAUAUAAAUAUAGAACGGAAGCUUAUUAGGUCAGCUAGGUUAGAGAUCAUACUUAGUGCUCGUACUCUUUAACCUUUUUUCUUUGGUAAAAAUUCAAUUUUGGUUACAUUAAUAGAAUAAAAAAAGCUAAGAUAUUCAUUUCUAAAAAAAACAAACAUGUUGAUUUUGUCUAAGAAUGACUGACUUAACUGUCUUCUUUUAAAAUUUGCCAUGUUGUUACUUUUUUUUGCUGUAUUUGUUGCAUUAUAUCAGUAAUGUUUUGGGCUUUUUCCCUUUUGUUUAUCAUACAUUCACAUUAAGUAUAUUUCUUUGUAUUGCUUGCAAAUAAACAGAAUUAUUGAACAGUUUGUACAUCAGAUCUAAAUGUGACUUUCUUUUUUUUUUUAGAGUACAAUGAAUCUUUUUUCACAAGGUCUGCAUGCAUCUGAAUUCAGGAAGUUAGAAAGGGAUAUUUACACUUGCCAUCAUACUUAACCCAAAACGCCUCUCUAAAGAAGAAAACCCAACAAUGUCCACAAUCACUUUCAAAGGUGUGUUGCUCUGGUUCAGGAGCUCCUACUGACAUUAUCACUGGUAGAGUUUUCGCUCUCUGAGCCCAAACUAUAUCUUAUUUUAUUUCAUUGCACGUCUCGCUUUAUACAAGGCCCUUAGUAUCUUAUUAUGUCAGUUGUUGUUUUUCCUCAGUGCAAGAGGAUGCAUUAGAGAAAUGGUGCUACACAAAGCAUUUUUACCAUGAAUUUCUAUGUGACUGCAAUAAGCCCUGUUUAUUUGCAUUUGUACAACUUCAUCAAAAUGUCUGUGUUUGCAUCUCAGUACAAAAGUGUGUGUGUAUACAAGUUAAAUGGAGGACAUCUGUGUGCGUUGUGGGGGAUGCCUAAGUGUAAACUGUUUAGAUUAGACUGUAUGGAGUCUGGCCUUGCACUUUCAUCCGUCUUUUUCUUGAUCUACACUUUGGCUCAGAGUCUUUCAAUCCUAUCUCCAUCACUUCUCCACCAAUGAAUACAAUACAGAGAGAAUCGUACAAUGAUAUGUUAGUAUGUUUUAGACCGCAUGUGGUGGAGGUGAUCACAUUCAUUAUGAACAUGCUACUUCCGAAUACAUAAUCAUUACUCAUUCUUUGUAUUUUUAUUUUUUAAUUUUAAUCACCUAGUCAUCCUUAAACAGUUUUGUUAGUGAAUUGAAAUGUUUGUUUUAUAAAAUGCU